GUGUGUGUGUGCGUGUGUUUGUGUGUGUUUGUGCGUGUGUGUGUGUGUGUGUGUGUGUUUGUGUGUGUGUGUGUUUGUGUGUGUUUGUGUGUGUGUGUGUGUGUGAACUAUGCUCUGGCACAGUUGUGUCACCCACUGUGAUCCAGUAUUGGAUGAAAAGCGUGAAUACAUUUGCAUGUAGGCGUGAGUUACGACUGCCGCAUUCCGAUUUGAUUUAUCAUACCAUAAUAACAUCAUAGAUUAACAUAUGCCAAAUGACAACUUACAUUGCUUGACGUCACAGUAAAAACAUGAGUGGAAAGUAUUUUGCCACAUUAAGUUUGUGACCAAUGACCGGUGGCUGCAGAACCAGUCCGGAUGACUGACGUGAUCGCCAUGGAAACGACACUACAUGAUGAGCUCAUUCAGUGCGUGUUUGAGCAGCUGUCUCGUCUCAUAAGAGAUUGACCAGUAAAUUUGAACAUUUACAUUUACAUAUUUACACAUUUGCUGUAUAAUACAGACAAUGUAAACAUCUUUGCCCUGUGAAAAAGUGCGGGGGACGAACUUAGGUUUUAUUGAAAGUGAGAGGGACACAUCCCCCGCGUAUUCUACGCCCAUGAUUGUUACAAACCGCGCUGCUGGAUCACACCAUUCUGAAAAUGACACACAGUGUGUUUGGAGUGGAAUACUAACACAUACUGCAUACUGCACAGUGUAUACUACCUAGAAUUUAAAAUAAUAGUAUGUGAAACAGUAUGCAGUAACAGAUGCUUCAAACUUUAGUAAACUACAUUGUUAACAUCAUUGCAUUACACAUUUGAAUUAAUGAGCGGUGUCCAGUUAUCAUCUCAUCAAUAUCUUCGAGUAUUGUGCUGUUUUUUUUAAACCCAAUAACAUGUCCAUGUCUUCUAUGUAAGAAUGGGUUUUGGUGACAGGACGAGCACAUUCUGUGGUACUCCAGAGUUUCCGGCUCCAGAGGUUCUGACCGACGUGUCGUACACCAGAGCCGUGGACUGGUGGAGUCUCGCCGUUCCCAUUUAUGAGAUGCUGGUUGGCGAGGUUAUGAGAUAAAGACACUAGCACAUACAUCACCGUUCCCAGGUAAUGAUGAGGAGGUAUUUGCCAGCAUUGUCAAUGAUGAAGUACGUUACCCAAGAUUCCUCUCCAGUGAGGCCAUUGGCAUCAUGAGACGGUUGCUGAGGCGCAGUCCUGAGAGGCGACAGGGCUCCAGUGAGAGAGACGCUGAGGACAUAAUGAAACAGCUUUUCUUUAGGCUUGUCUUUCGAUGCUCGUAUCUCAAUAUGGGGAGAGAGCGCAUCUCCAGAGCGCGCAUCUCCAGAACGCGCAUCUCCAGAGCGCGCAUCUCCCGCCCCCCUCCGAACUACAUCAGCUCACAUGAACUUUUCGCACCCGGUCAAAAGACACGGAUCGACCUAUACGAACUCUUCUGCGGGACUGUGACACUGUCCCGGUGUCAGUCCACACUCUCGUCCUGCCCUGUGCAUCACUGCAUUUGGCAAAAGAAUCGAUAUACGCGGGUGAACGGUGAUUCAGUGAUGUCAUUUGGCUCCAAGACGCGCAACAGUAUGUCAAAAUAGGAACUCUUCUGUCUGGAGUCUUUCAAGCGCUGUAGGAUGUUGCACUGGAGGGGUUGUGCUCUACUCUGCCUCCUGCUGGCUAGGGUUGGAACUGCAGUGUCAAGCAAGGAGCUGCAGUGCUCUAUGUGGCCUGUGGGGGCGCUGCAUCCAGUGCACGCUCAGCUGGAGCGCUUCGAGGCGGGAACGGGCUGUGCGGCCAGAGAGGGCGGACCUAAAGAGUCCCACGUGAUUUCAGUGGGCAAAGCCUCAAACACACAUGUAACUGUGGUACUGAGACCUUUGGCCCUGUCUCGUCCCGUCAACCGCCCGGUGAUUCUGGUGUUGAGUUCCCAGCAUCCCACGCGCUGGGUGAUAGAAAACGAAGGACUGCCGCACAACAUUAAUGUGCUUGUGCAGGUGUCUCUGAACUCCACGGCGGAGUCUGCGAGCAUGUCCAUUCGAGUGACGCAGGUGUUGUCUCUGCCACAGCGUCCGCGAGUUCUGCUGCGCUGGAUUCUACAGCGGCAUGCCACCAUCUCCUCCCUCACACACACUGUAAGCGGCAACCGCAUUUACCUGCGUCUGGGAGAGGAUCCAAGCAUGCCGAACAAGUGUCGUCUGCAGUCUCUCUUUCUGUCUCAGAAUUAUCUGGCCUCAGAGAUACAGGAACAGGAAGUGCAUGGCUGCAUGCCAUCCAGUGAUCGCACUGAUGCAGAGGUGCAUGUCAUCAAACUGUGGUCGUCAGGGUCGGGACUGUGCGGCUCUCUGCAGGUGGAGGUGUCUGUCUCUCUGCUGCCUCCGGUGGUUGAUUCAGGAUAUCACAUGAUCGUUCUGGUUCUCAGCAGUGCUGUUUCAGUGAACUGGGCUUUGGUGGCUCCAGAGGUCAGAGGUCACAUCAGGGUCUAUUCGUCCAACAGUGUGAGUCUGCCAUACUCUCGAACCCCUGACCUCACCAUGACCAGCACCAUAGCCUCUGACCUUCUCAGCAUGCCCGACCUCCUAGAAUGGGCCGAUCAGAAUGGCUUUCCCAAAGUGACCUCAUACACAGAGGCUGAUUUAGCCAAUCGUUUCAUAAUCCAGUUAAAGGUGGGUGGAACAGAGCGCCGGCCGCAGUGGUCAAGUCAGGAGGAUUUAACAGGAGAUAGAGGCAAAGAGGCGCUCACCCAUCGCUGUGACAACGGAGAUCUUACCGUUACCGUGGAUACACAGAUGCUACAGAUUCUGUCUUUAGCGGUGGCGACAGUGACUCUGCGGGACCGAGGCUGUCAGGCGCAGUUUAACGGGAGCCACUUCCUAUUGGUUUUCCCGGUCAUUUCCUGUGGAACGGAGGGAGAGAUGGAUGGAGUGAACAGACAAGUUCAUUACACAAACACAGUGUUUUUCUGGAGACAGAAACCUUCAGAAGGUUCGAACAAUGACACCGACUGGGAUGUGAUGUAUGACUCUCCACUGAGCAUUCAUAUCAGCUGUGAGUCCUCUCUGCCCAAUCCUGUGAGUCCAGUGGACGCGGCUCCCUCCUCGCAGCCAGAGGAGUCGCUGUGGUUCGCUCCAGCUCCUCCCUGGAUGCCGAGGCCCCAUGACGCUCCACUUUUGUCCAUGGAGCUGUUUGUAACAGAGGCGUACGAGAAGAGGCCUGUCGGUCCAUGUGUUAUCACAGCAUACGACCGUGUCUACACACAGUUGUCAGUGAGUGGUGUCACAGGUGAGUCUGUCGAGCUGCAUUUGUGUUGGGUUUCUCCACUCUCAGAUCCACAGACUCACAGCAGCUGGAGCAUCAUCACAGACUCCUGCGCCUCCGACCCGUCUGUCUUACUGACCGAGAGAGAGACACGCAGCGAAAUAACACACAGCACAGAACAUGACGACAGCAGACAGUCAGACAGACAGCUGCUCCCAAACUGGAGACAGACGGGUCAUUCUAGGACAGACAGUUUGCGUGGGAUGAGACAGGAGAGAGGAACGCGGGACAUUGAGGAAGAGAGUGCGCUCACACUGCGCUUUAGUUUCAUCCUCAGACCUGUCUUUAAUAACUCCAUUCAGUUCCUGCAUUGCACACUGCAUCUGUGCACAUCAGGGGCCCAAACUGAUCUGGGGUCCUCAGGGGCCACAGCUCAGACAGUGUGUCCAAAGGGGCUCCAAAUACCUGCUCUCACACACGUACCUGCUUCUAAACAGUGUGAGUACAGGAAUCUCUCUCGUCCUAUACUGGUCACGUCUCCUGUUGGGUUUCUGGCUCCACCUGCUGGUAAACUUGCUCAGAAGCCCGCUGAGAUGUCGAGACAGAGUCCCUCACAGGACGAUUCUAGUAGAGCAGACACGGGUGCCAUGCUGAUGAUCAUGUUUCUCGCAUUUGUGAUGGGCAUCAGUCUGAUGGGGGCGCUGUGGUGCAUCUACAUUCACACUGGGAGACGUGAAAUGACACAGAGAGACCCAGGGGCGUAGAUUCCCCCCGGGAUGAGUGGAGUUAACCCCCCCUUUAUUUAUACCAUGAUCAUGCUGCAACCCCCCCAAUGUUCACGGCAAAUCUACACCCUUGGAGAGACCGUGUCCUUGAGACCACAGAACAGAACACAGGCUUCAGGAACCCUACGACACCACUGGACCAAACCAACACUUUACACGAGAUGAAAUAAACAUGCGGCUGACAUUUCUAAACUGUGCAUAUCUAAAGUGUGUAAAGUUAUUGGUGUACCACUGCACUGAAGUGUGAAACCGUAUGAUUGUAUUUGCUGCUGAUUUAAUAUUAUGUAGAAUAAUUUUAUUUACAAGUCUUACUGUCUGAUAUGUGUAUAUCUGAAUGCUCAUUUUGUCUUCUCGAUUUUUAGUGUAUUAGUCCUUAGAUGUUGUAGAUAUUUUAAAGGAAUAUUCAGUACAAGUUAAGCUCAACUGACAGCAUUUAUGGCGGAUUAUUGAUUACUAAAAAUAAUUUCGACUCGAUCGUACUUAAAAAACAAAACAACAAAAAAACACACAAAUCUGGCUUACAGUAAUGCACAUACAAUAAAAUAA